AUGUUUAAGCCUGUUCAGUUUUCCAAUAACGUAUCAGCAGCAAGCUCUGAUUCAGAAGUAGAACCUUUAGAGACACCUCAUAAAGAGGGCGAUGACGCUGAAAAGCAUGUUCGUUUAGACAUCGACACUAAGUCUGGAGAGCCUGUUUGCCCCAAUGAUGAUAACUACGAGCUUCCGAUCUUCCAGAAACGGCCUCUGAGUGACACGCCUGUUGGUUCUUACUGGAAUUCGCCAAAUGACUCUGGAGACAAUUCGCAGGACACGACUCCCAUUUCUUCGCCUCAAAACAGCACGAGCGAUCUGCGGGGACUACAGAAGAAGUACGAAGAAGACAAUGGGUCCAAAAUAUCAUCAACUCACUCUCAGUUUAUCCAUCCAAAAGUAAGACCCACCACUAUUGACGUGCCGGGACUGACCAAGUCACGCACUUCUCCAGACGGCACUAUCUCCAGCAAAGACCCGGGCUCCAAGCUCGUCAUCGUGAUGGUGGGACUGCCUGCCACGGGCAAAUCCUUCAUCACCAACAAACUGUCGCGCUUUCUAAACUACUCGAUGUAUUACUGUAAAGUUUUCAACGUGGGAAACACCCGGCGCCAGUUUGCCAAAGAUCACAAUUUGCAAGACCAAGAUUCCAAUUUUUUUGAUCCGUCCAACCCAGAAAGUAAAGCGCUGCGGGAAAAAUGGGCAAUAGAUACUUUAAACCAGCUUUUGGACUAUCUUCUCGAUGGACCAGGCUCUGUGGGAAUUUUCGAUGCCACCAACUCCACGAAAAGUCGGCGCAAAAAGGUUUUGGACAAAAUUCAUUCCCGCAACAACCAGAUCAAAGUUCUGUUCCUUGAGAGCGUAUGUUCUGACAAGGCAACGGUUGAAAAGAAUAUAAAGCUCAAACUGUUUGGCCCGGACUACAAGGGCAAAGACCCAGAGGCUUCUCUUCACGAUUUUAAAGAAAGACUCUCGAAUUACAUGCAGGCCUACGAGCAGGUUGAAGAUGAUGAAAACCUGCAAUACAUCAAGAUGAUCGAUGUAGGUAAAAAAGUCAUCUCUUACAACAUUCAAGGGUUUUUGGCCUCUCAAACCGUAUACUACCUUUUGAAUUUCAAUCUGGCGGAGAGACAAAUCUGGAUUACAAGAAAUGGUGAAAGUGAGUAUAAUGUUCAAGGCAAAAUAGGCGGUGAUUCAGACCUGACACCUCGUGGGAAACGGUACGCUAAAGCUCUUGCUCACUUCAUUGAUGAACAACGCGCCAUUUUCACUGAGAAUGAAAUGCAGUCGUACCUUGAGGAUCACGGUGAUACGAAGAACUUCAGUGCUACAGAAUUUUUUGUUUGGACAUCAAUGCUGAGACGGGCAAUAGAAUCUGGCGACUACUUCAAUGAAGAUGACUAUCCAAACAAGCAAAUGCGAAUGCUGGACGAACUCAGUGCUGGGGAUUGUGAGGGAUUGACCUAUGCCUCUAUACAGGCAAAACACCCUGAUGAAUUUGAGGAGAGACUUAAUGACAAACUAAGGUACAGGUACCCAGGAAUAGGUGGUGAAUCAUACAUGGACGUGAUCAAUCGUCUGAGACCUGUUAUCACGGAAAUUGAGAGAAUAAAGGAAAAUGUCCUGAUCAUCACACAUCGUGUUGUUGCGCGUGUUCUUCUGGGUUAUUUUCUCAAUUUGAACCGAGACAUCAUUGCUAACCUUGAUAUCCCUUUACAUUGCGUCUACUGCUUGGAGCCCAAGCCAUAUGGCGUUACAUGGUCUUUGUAUGAGUACGACGAAGCUAAAGACAGCUUUUUCAAAGUUCCUCAAAAUGAGCUCAACACGAUGAAGGUGAAGGAGAUUGGACUGGUUCAUUCUGAAAGAAGAUACUCGAUCGUUCCUACAGCACCUCCCAGCGUGGCUAAUACGAAAGGUGAAUUUAUGGCAAGUAACGCAAAUGCAGUCAACUUAACAAAAAACUCUACGCUAAAACCUGGCAACGCGUCUCAGCGUUUUCCGGCAACCGGCGGGGGUACAUCCAUUGCGAGACCUACAUUAAGACCUCAGACGUCACACCAUCCUAGCUCCAGCAGGUUAGCUAGAGGACUGGAAAACUGGAGCGAAGGUGAAAAUCGAUCUAUCUCGACACCACCACCUGCUGGAGGUGCACGUCAAAACAUCGAAAUUAAUAAACUUAACGAAAAGCUGGCCCGACUAGGAAUCACAGAACCUCAAAAGAACGUCGCGUCUAGACCUGCGCAAAUGAGCAGAAGUCAGAGCGAAUUUUAA